AUGGCCGCCCCCCAACCUCAACGAAGCCGUGGCUUCAGCGUCAAAUCUGACAAGUCUCAGUCAAAAGAAUCAGGCACAUCCAGCCAUAAACGUGGCCCCUCGGAAUCUUCCCAAGACAAAGCUCGUCACAGUUUACACACCAAAGCCGAUCCGCUGGUCGCCAUGAACGAACUCCAACCCAGUAUGAUGGCGCUGGAGAAGUCCAAUCUGGGCUCCCUCCGCGAAAUGGAACACAAAGAUCAAUACGGGAAUGUUAUCACCGAUCCCGACCUGUCAAACCCCACCCGUCCACGUUUCGAGCGACCGUUAGAUACCAUCCGAUCGUUUGAGGCGGCCAUUUAUGGCAGCAGUCGUGCGGCAUAUGCCAGAACAGAAGAUGCAGGAUCACAAAUGGGUGAUUUCAGCAGACGAACAAGCUACCACGGAGGCCAAAACAAUCACCGAUACGACCAACAAAACCCCUACGGCUCUCAAUCCCGCCCAGACAGCGUUAUAAACGCCUAUCAAAACACCCCACAAGGCCCCGAAAACCCAUACCCAUACAACAACGGCAACAACCGCUCUUCCCGACGACCCCAAUACCCGCGCGGCGCCUCAACCUCCACAGCGCCUACCUCUCCAAAUUACCAAGACCCACAAUACGGCAACAUCACAAACACAAUGCACAACAACAACAACCAAUACGGAUACCCGCAAUCCGGCCACGGCUACCAACGAUCCUACGACAACGUCACAGCCUCAGGCUGCGGAUCAGGAAACACAGACCCGUACCAGACCACAGACCCCAGUUCUCUGAAUAGCUCAAACGACCAGCUCCAGCAGCAAGCCCUAUACCAGCAGCGCAUGGACGAGCGUGCGCAGACCGAGUAUGGCUUCAGUGGAUUUGGCGGUAACCCCAAGAACGGCCAGCAGGUGCAGCCGGUUGGAGAUCCAAACUGGGGUGGACCUGUUGGUGGAAGACCUGCUCCUGCGCCUCCGGCUCAUACCCAGUCUCCUGUUGCUAGUGGGGGUGGAGCUGGCGUGCUUCAGAAGAAGGGAAGUCAGUCUGGUGGGGAUAAGCGGAAGAGCUGGUUCAAGCGCCGCUUUAGCAAGGAUUGA